AUGCAAUCCAAGGACCAUCUUCCUCACGACUGUGACACGGAUAUUCAGAUGGACAUUGGACAUGGAUCAACCGCAGUGAGCGUCGACGGCAGAGCUGAAGAAAGUUUGACUGUUUCUCAUGGUCUUGAAGAUGCUGGUUGUCAGGACCCAACUGAGACUUUGAGCAGCGUCAGUCAACAAACCAGAGAUGACUGCAUCCAUGACAGAGAUUUUGAAAAUGUUGAUGCUCAUGAUAGAGAGGAAAAGACUCAGACUCAGUAUGGCUCUCAUCAAACCUGUACUGUUGAAAGUGAUGACAUGCGCACUAACCUGCAUAGAGACGAUGCUAACGUUUAUGCUAGCGACAGUCAUGUAUUUGCAGAUAGCAAACUUCAGCAUUUUAUCCAUGAUAGCAUAGCUGAAGAAAAUCUGGAUGUUUCUGUAAAUAAGCCUCACAGUCCUACAGAUAUCCAGUCUGAAAAUGAUAGUCAUGCUAAUAUCAGUGAUAGCAUUGAUGGGAAGAAUGCUAACGCUAAUUCUCAUGAAGAUCACAUUCCUGCAGAUCUGCACACUGAAGGUGCUAGUCAUGCUAACAUAUGUCAUAGCGUAGAUGUAGACAAUGCUAAUGUAUUUGCUAGCGAUGGUUCUGUUGCUACAAAUAUCCACGUUGAAGGUGCAAGGCAGGUUAACAUAUGUAAUAGCGUGGCGGUAGACAAUGCUAAUGUGGAUGCUAGCGAUGGUUCUGUUGCUACAGAUAUACACAUUGAAGGUCUGAGUCAAGCUAACCUUUCUGAUAACAUCAAUGUAGACAAUGCUAAUGUUCAUGUUAGUGAGGGUGAUGUUUCACUAUGUGAUAGCGUACAUGUUGGCAAUGCUAAUGUGUGUGCUAGCGAUGGUUAUGUUGCUACAGAAAUCCAUGUUGAAGGUGCGAGUCAGGCUAAGAUAUGCGAUAACGUAGAUGUAGACAAUGCUAAUGUGGGUGCUAGCGAUAGUAACAUUGCUACAGAUAUUCAUGUUAAAGGUGCUGGUCAAACUAACCUUUCUGAUAACAUGGAUGUAGACAAUGCUAAUCUGUGUGCUAGCGAUGGAUACAGUGCUACAGAUAUACACGUUGAAGGUUCGAGUCAGCAUAACAUAAGUGAUAGCGUAGAUGUAGACGAUGCUAAUGUGGGUGCUAGCGAUGUUUACGUUGCUACAGAUAUCCAUGUUGAAGGUUCGAGUCAGGUUAACAUAUGUGAUAACGUAGAUGUAGACAAUGCUAAUGUGGGUGCUAGCGAUAGUGACAUUGCUACAGAAAUUAAUGUUAAAGGUCCUGGUCAAACUAACCUUUCUGAUAACAUCGAUGUAGACAAUGCUAAUCUGUGUGCUAGCGAUGGAUACAGUGCUACAGAUAUACACGUUGAAGGUUCGAGUCAGGUUAACAUAUGUGAUAAUGUAGAUGUAGACAAUGCUAAUGUUUAUGUUAGUGAGAGUCACAUACUUGUAGAUAUUCAGAGUAAAGGUUCUGCUCCGGUUACUGUCUGUAAUAGCGGGAGUGAUAUUAGCGGUCAAGUUAGUUAUCAGUCUGUCUGUGAGAGUAAACCAAGAGUUUGAUAAUCAACAGAUAUAACUUCAGAAAUAGCAUAUAACAUCAGAUAAUGACAAUAACAGUAACUGUUACCAAAGCGAUGUUUGGGUGACCUGAUAAGAGAUUAGUGACAUUACACUGUGUUCAUGGUUACAGAUAAACUAAGAGAUGUUUCUGCAGCAGCUUCUCACUUCUGUUGUUUAACUGGACAAAUGAUGCAAAAUACUUUUCUUUUGUUAAAUAUUACAUCAUUUCUGUAACAGAGUCAAAUUCAGUUUCUAAUUUUGGUGGUUUUGGGAAAGUUAGCAUGUGAGGAUUAAAGCAAGCAUAACCGAAGUGAUUUAUUGGACAAAAAGGCUCACAUUAUAUAAAGCGUUUGUUGUGUAGUUGGUUUGUGUCUUUAAUAAACCUCCAUUCCUGCAGGUCUCUGUAUUUGAGUUUGGUCAGAUCUGA